ACUCAUCUCAAAUCCACUUAUAAAUCAGCUCGUUUUUUUCAUUUUCGAUCGCUUCAAUCAAACAGAAAUCGAAAAAUUUCCCCUUCAAUUAAGGGCUUGAUCCAGAACCCCAAAAGUAGCAAAGCUUUCAAACUACAAUGUGGUUCUACCAGGCCUCGCCGAUGAGAGCUUUGGGCGCCACAUGGCUGCCAUCACUCUCCAAUGCUCUCCAUUCUCAACUCUCUCUCUCCCCUCUUCCACUCUCCACAACUGCCGAGGAGACUUCAUUAAUUUCGCCUCCUUCACUCUGUUCCCGACAACUUGCUUGUUAUUUUAAGCCCUCGUAGCUCUCAGAACCUGCGCUUGAGAGAGAUUUCAAAGAAACCAGCUGCAAACACAGUUUUUUAUUUAAAGAUGAUAAUGGUGCAUUCGUCGCCCACAUCAAGCUUUGAGCUUUCUUUCCCGAAGCAGAAACCUCUUCGAUGGAGCCUCUGAGUGCGCAAUGGCUGCCGCCGCUUCUUCUUCUCCCGGCGGAGAUUCUCUUAAUGUUGGUGUUUCUCGUCCAUUCGGCCGAUCCCCCUCUCUCCCCCAAGGGCGUCAACAACGAAGUGGUAGCGUUGAUGUCGAUGAAGAGCAUGAUGAGGGAUGAGGUGGGGGUGAUGCGCGGAUGGGAUAUCAACUCUGUGGAUCCAUGUACAUGGACUAUGGUGGGAUGCUCGCCCAAUGGCCUCGUUAUCUCUCUGGAAAUGGCUAAUAAUGGCUUAUCGGGUAUGCUUUCGGCGAGUGUGGGGAACCUAAGCCAUCUUCAGACUAUGCUUUUGCAGAACAACAAAUUAACAGGUCCUCUUCCUUCUGAGGUUGGCAAGCUCUCACAGCUCAAAACUCUAGACCUCUCUGGUAAUCAAUUUGUUGAUGAGAUUCCGGAAUCCCUCGGACUUUUGACUCACCUAGGAUACCUGAGACUUGAUAGGAAUAAUUUUUCUGGCCCUGUACCUGAAGCUGUUGCACGACUUGCUGGCCUUACAUUCUUAGAUUUGUCUUUCAACAAUUUAAGUGGCCCAAUCCCAAUGAUUUCUGCAAAAGAUUACAGUGUUGCAGGAAACUAUUUUCUAUGCAAUUCAUCUGCAGUGCGUGGAUGCGCAAAUGCCUCUGUAGUAGUCAAUGAGGCCAUCGGUUCAGGCAAAUCGAGUAAUCAUCAGUUAGCUGUUGUAGUUUCUUUGAGUGUCAGCGGUUUUUUGACGCUCUCCGUGCUUUUGCUUUUCUGUUGGCUACAUCGUUGCCGAUGGCGGUUACCUUUUGCUUCUGAUGAUCAUUUCCAUGAAUUUGGAAUGGGACAGCUGAAGAGAUUCUCAUUCCGGGAGCUGCUAGUUGCUACUGAUAAUUUUAGUUCGAGGAACAUACUCGGGCAGGGCGGAUUCGGGGUGGUUUAUAAAGGAAUUCUCAGAAAUGGAACGGCUGUUGCUAUAAAAAGAUUGAAAGAUCCAAAUUUUACUGGGGAAGUGCAGUUCCAAACAGAAGUUGAGAUGAUUGGGUUAGCGCUGCACAGGAAUCUCUUAUUUCUGUAUGGUUUCUGUAUGACCUCGAAUGAUAGGCUACUUAUUUAUCCUUACAUGCCAAAUGGGAGCGUUGCUGAUCGGUUACGAGAUCACAAUCAUGGGGGGCCAUCCCUCGACUGGAACAAACGAAUGCGAAUUGCACUCGGAGCUGCACGCGGACUUCUAUACUUGCACGAGCAAUGCAAACCUCGAAUCAUUCACAGGGAUGUUAAAGCUGCCAAUAUUCUAAUCGACGAAAACUAUGAAGCCGUUGUGGGAGAUUUCGGGCUGGCGAAGCUGUUAGAUAGGAGGGAUUCUCAUGUCACCACAGCAGUGAGAGGUACUGUAGGACACAUAGCUCCGGAGUAUCUCUCAACCGGUCAAUCUUCGGAGAAGACCGACGUCUUUGGAUUUGGAGUUCUAUUGUUAGAAAUGAUUACUGGACAAAGAACACUAUUUUCGGGAAAUGGCGGCGCCCAGAAAGGAGUUAUACUUGAUUGGGUGAGAGAGCUGUAUGAACAGAAAAGGCUAUGCGUCAUGGUUGACCGGCAACUCGGCGGCUCAUUCAACACGGCCGAACUAGAGAACGCCGUCGAGGUGGUUCUGAGGUGCACCCAAUCGAGUCCGAGCUUGCGGCCAAAGAUGAGCGAAGUGGUGAAGGCUCUUGAAGCAGCCAGACCAGCUGAAGAAGAAGCAGAAGAAGAAAGUCAUGAGGUUGGGCCUGAGAUGUCUAAUACUUUCUCCAGAUUUCAUGGCGAUGUGGAUGAAGCUUCUUCGUUUGUUAUGGAACCGAUUGAGCUCUCAGGGCCCAGAUAGGAAACUUUCAGUGUUAGAUGGAAACUGAGAGAGAUUUUGUGUGAGUUUAGUUCUGAAUGUGGGCUGUAAAUGUUUGUAUAUUACUGAUGUGCUAAUGAUUUGAAGAUCUGUUUUUUUUUUUUAAUUC